CAGCGUGAGUGUAUAUCCAUUCACGUGGGCCAGGCGGGAGUGCAGAUAGGAAAUGGAUGCUGGGAGCUGUACUGCCUGGAGCAUGGCAUCCAGCCAGACGGCAACAUGCCGAGUGACAAGACCAUCGGCGGUGGGGAUGACUCCUUCAGCACCUUCUUCAGCGAGACUGGUGCUGGAAAACAUGUUCCUCGGGCCGUGUUUGUGGAUCUGGAGCCAACAGUCGUGGAUGAGGUUCGGUCUGGUAGGUAUCGGCAGUUGUUCCAUCCGGAGCAGCUCAUCACUGGCAAAGAGGAUGCGGCCAACAACUAUGCCCGUGGGCACUAUACUGUAGGCAAAGAGGUCAUUGACAUAGUUCUGGAGCGUGUUCGCAAACUGACUGAGCAGUGCACAGGGCUUCAGGGCUUCCUCAUCUUCCACAGCUUUGGUGGCGGCACUGGGUCUGGCUUCACUUCCCUGUUGAUGGAGCGCCUGUCUGUUGACUACAGCAAGAAGUCCAAGCUGGAGUUUGCCAUCUACCCAGCUCCUCAGGUGUCCACUGCUGUGGUGGAGCCCUACAACUCCAUCCUCACCACCCACACCACCCUGGAGCACUCUGACUGCGCUUUCAUGGUGGAUAAUGAGGCCAUCUACGACAUAUGCCGGCGCAACCUGGACAUUGAGCGCCCAUCAUACACCAACCUCAACAGGCUCAUUGCCCAGAUCGUCUCCUCCAUCACCGCUUCCCUGCGUUUCGAUGGUGCUUUGAAUGUGGACCUCACUGAGUUCCAGACCAACCUGGUGCCCUACCCCCGCAUCCAUUUCCCCCUAGUUACCUAUUCUCCCAUCAUUUCUGCCGAGAAGGCUUACCAUGAGCAGCUUUCAGUUGCUGAGAUCACCGGUUCCUGCUUUGAGCCGGCCAACCAGAUGGUGAAGUGUGACCCCCGUCAUGGCAAGUACAUGGCCUGCUGCAUGCUUUACCGUGGAGAUGUGGUCCCCAAGGAUGUGAAUGCUGCCAUUGCCAACAUCAAGACCAGGCGUACCAUUCAGUUUGUGGACUGGUGCCCUACAGGUUUUAAGGUGGGCAUCAAUUAUCAGCCCCCGACUGUGGUGCCAGGGGGAGAUCUGGCCAAGGUGCAGAGGGCAGUGUGCAUGCUGAGCAACACUACCGCCAUCGCUGAGGCCUGGGCCCGCCUGGACCACAAGUUCGAUCUCAUGUACGCCAAACGUGCCUUCGUGCACUGGUACGUGGGUGAGGGCAUGGAGGAGGGCGAGUUUUCCGAGGCACGUGAGGAUUUGGCGGCUUUGGAGAAGGAUUACGAGGAGGUGGCCACAGACUCAGUGGAAGUCGACCAGGUGGAAGACGAGUUCUGA